UGGCAUGACCAUUUAAGUUCUCAGUUUGCUCCUGCUCUGAAACACUGAGGGAUGUUAAUUUAGUGUGCUUAUGUUAACACUAUUUUUAAAAGUGUAUAGGCAUGAUAAAUAUCAGUGAUAUGUACUGCCUCACUGUCCAGACCAAUGUUUCGUUGAUUCUAGCACCAGUCCUUAGUGUGGAAAUUAUAAUCGGACUUGCUGGAAAUGGAAUUGCUCUAUGGAUCUUUUUUCUCCGAAUGAAAUUUUGGAAGCCAAGUACAGUGUAUCUUUUGUGUCUGGUUGUUGCUGACCUUCUCUUAAUGAUAAGUUUACCAUUCCGGAUUGACAACUACUUCAGGGGUGAACACUGGAUUUUUGGAGAUAAAUUUUGCAAAGUGAAUUUAUUCAUGUUGGCUAUGAACAGGACAGCAAGCAUAGUAUUUCUGACAGUUGUAGCUAUCGAUCGGUAUUUAAAAGUUGUACAUCCACAUCACAGACUGAACAUGGUAUCACUGCAAGCAGCUGUGAUAAUAGCUAUCACAAUAUGGCUUGUUUUAGUACUAAUGAAUUCUCAUGUAUUUUCAACUUCACUUUUAUUUGAGUACAAGAACCAUUCUCUUUGCAGGAGUUACAGCUCUUACAACAAGUUAAAUGUUGCCAUGAUGUGGCAUUAUGGGAUUUUCUUUAUGGAGGUUGUUUUGCCCCUUUGUGUUAUCCUGUUCUGCACCUUCAACAUCAUUGCAAAACUGCACCGCAGAAAAAUGCAUACCAACCCCAAAGUGAGAAGGGCUGUAGCAGCACUUAUUAUCAUCGUCCUGGUCUUUAUUAUAUGCUUUGUGCCUUGUUUUGUGGCAGGCUUAGCGGCAAUGCUAAUAAAGUACAAAUAUCCAAAUGACUGUGAAGCUUUCACACCUGCUACUGAGUGGUUUCAUGGGUCCCUUGGUUUUACAUACCUGAACAGUGUGUUGGAUCCACUUGUCUACUGUUUUACAAACCCAACUUUCAAAAAAGCAUGUACAAAGGCUCUGUCAUCACUUGGACUUUGGUCUUUAGAAUCUGAAAACAAUGAACAGGACUCAAGAGAUUCAGUCCUCAAAGAAAGAAGAGCAACACUGCAGUUAGAACAUAAUCAAGUCAAUAGUUUUAAAUAGCCGGUUAACUCCCCAACAUACAAAUACACACAUGUGCGCACACACAGUCUCACACGCACACACACACAC